GCCCCGGGGGCCGGUUGCAGCCCGGCUGCGUGUGCGGAGGCGCAGGAAGGGGCUGGGACAAGGCUGAGCCGCCGAGCGGUGGGAGGGGGCGGCGGCGGCAGCGGCGCUGGGGACACCCCCCCCUUCACCCCCACCCCCCCCCCCUGCACCCAGAGCUCGGCGGGGCGGUGGGCACCGAGACAGGGGAGGUAUGGGGUGGACGAGCAAGGAGAAGAACCCCGAGAAGGUCGUGGUGAAGGUGGAGCAAGGCGCGGGGGCGGUGGAAGGCGCUGCUGAAGAUGAGGAGGCAACGCGGGACGAAGGCUGCGGGAUCUGGAGGCCGGGAGGCGACGGCGUUGGGGUGAGGUGGGGAGAAACGGCCAACCAAGGCAACGCGGAUGAGCUGGGCGGAAGCGUGUCCCAGCCGAAGCCGAAACCCAAGCGGAAGCUGCACAAGUGCGAGGAGUGCGGCCGGGUCUUCAACUGGAGGAACCACCUCGUCCGCCACCAGCGCCUCCACACGGGCGAGCGGCCCUACAAGUGCUCCCUCUGCGGGAAGGGCUUCAACGACGGCUCCCCGCUGCUCAUCCACGAGAUGCUCCAUCGCGGGGAGAAGCCCUACAAGUGCUUGGAUUGCGGGAAGAGCUUCAGCCAAAGCUCCCACCUCAUCUCCCACCAGGUGGUCCACACCGAUGAGAAACCCUACGUCUGUCCCGACUGCGGGAAGUGCUUCGCCCGGCAGCAAUAUCUCCUCAUGCACCGCCGCGUCCACACGGGCGAGAGACCCUACAAGUGCCGGGAUUGCGGGAAGAGCUUCCGGAAAAGCUCCGACCUGGUGAGGCACAAGACGGUCCACACGGGCGAGAAACCCUUCAAGUGUCCCGUCUGCGGGAAGGGUUUCACCCAAAACUUCCGCUGUAACGCCCACAAGAAGGUCCACAGCAAGGAGGGGGAGGGCGGCCGAGCGGCGUCGCCGCCCCGGCACACGCAGCAGAGCAGCCGCCAGACCACGGUCCCACCAGGUGACGGCGGCCACCGAGAGACUUCCCAGCCCGGAGACCCCCAGCAAGGAGGACGAGGCGGGUCCAGCUCGAGGAUGGAGGGCGGGGGCGGGCGUCGGGGUCCCGAGGAGCACAAAGCCCCCCCGGAGCGGCCGGGAGCGGGGCCGUGGCCUGGCGAGGGGCCGGCGCGGCCGCCUCCUCCUGCGGCCGCCUCGGAGGCGCCCGGGGGGACGUUCCCCGGCGAGGAGCGGGCGCACGAGCGGCGGCGAAGCUUCGGCUGCCGGAAGAGCCCGGGCCACCAGCGGCAGCCCCGCGGCCACCAGCGCCCCGGCCGCGGGAAGGGCUUCGGCGAGGGCUCCGACCUCGCGUCCCGGCGGCCGGAGGGACCCGCCGAGCCCCGGGGCCCGGCGAUAAGCCCGGAGCUCCUCCAGCGGGGCCCGCGCGCGGCCGAGAAGUCCCACCUCUGCUCCGAGUGCGGGAAGAGCUUCACGCGGAGGUUCAACCUCAAGCUCCACAAGAAGCUCCACACCGGGGAGAGGCCCCACAAGUGCCCCGAGUGCGGGCUGAGCUUCACCAACACGUCCCACCUCAUCGUCCACCAGCGGAUCCACACCGGGGAGCGGCCCUACAGGUGCCACAUCUGCGGGAAGGGCUUCACCAUGAGCUCCAAGUGCCUGGAGCACGAGAGGAGCCACACGGGAGAGGCUCCCUAUCGCUGCCCGGCUGCGGCAACGGCUACCGGACCAAGGCUCCCUCAUGUCCCACCUGAAGGUCCACCUGGAGUAGGGGGGAGGUGGGCGAGGAGGGAGCUGGAGGAGGAGGAGGAGGUUGGAGGGGGAGGAGGGAGGUUGGAGGGAGAGGAGGAGGUUGGAGGGAGAGGAGGAGGUUGGAGGAGGAGGGAGGUUGGAUCACGAGGAGGGAGGUUGGAGGAGGAGGAGGAGGUUGGAUGA